AGGGGGCGGUACUAGAGAUGUGUUGCGUUGCGUGUCUCGGUAUUCAAAACUGAUGAGAGGGGAGAUAUUUAUUUAAUUCACAGCAGCCUUUACAGUUUGAUAAUACUUCUGCGUAUUUAAUAUAACUGUUAAGCAAAGGUCAUGUGGAAAAAAUAGCGAGUAAUUUUUUCCAUCUAACGGUGGUUUCUCUUCCCGGUAAACGGUGUCUGAUAUCGCGAGCGCUCGAGACUGGUGCAUGUGCGUCUAUUCACGCUGUUAAAGCCGUUUCUGGGGCGGAUAGGUGUAUCUCCUUAGGGUUUCGGUUCUCUUACUUUCUAGGAGCAUUGGAUUUCUACUGCGUUUGAUCAUGAAUUCGGGUCAAAAUGUGGAGUACAUGAGCGUUGGAGCUGGAAGAGCAGGCAGAUGCGUUGAGGAUGACGCGGAUUCAGACAGAGCUGCUGGCGGAGACUCGCUGAUGGUGGCCGAAGAGAGACAUCCGAGAUCUGCCAGUCCCCGCGGUGUAAACGGGGAUGAUGACUCUGAAGCGGAAUCCCACCAGGAUGGCCGUAACGUGGCUGUGGACCCGGAUACUAGAAGGAGGGCGUUCAGCUGGUGCCGUGACUUUCUGUCCGGAUCAUGGAAGGCUAUAUCGGAAAAUAACUUUCAGAUCAAAAUUGUCAGUGGAGGACUCAGUAACCUGCUGUACAUGUGCAGUUUACCCACUGAUGUUCAGCCCACUGGGGUCGAACCUCGACGAGUUCUGCUCCGGAUCUACGGGGCCAUUCUACAGGGAGUGGAUUCUCUUGUUUUGGAAAGUGUGAUGUUUGCCAUUUUAGCAGAGAGAGAGUUGGGCCCACGUCUUUAUGGCAUUUUCCCAGAAGGCCGUCUAGAGCAGUACUUGCCCAGUAAUCGCUUGCGUACGGAGCAGUUGGGGUUCCCAGAGAUCUCGGCUGAAAUAGCCAGUAAAAUGGCACGAUUCCAUGGGAUGGCAAUGCCGUUCAACAAGGAACCCAAAUGGCUGUUUGGAACCAUUGACCGGUACAUGGAACAAGUUAAAACAAUCAAAUUUGUGCGUGAAGCUCACAUCAAGAAAUUUAACAAGCUAACUAAAUAUGAUCUUCCUGCAGAACUGGAAAAUCUGAGGUCACUGCUGGCAGCUACUCCCUCUCCAGUGGUGUUCUGUCAUAAUGACGUACAAGAAGGCAAUAUCCUCAUGUUGGAUGGCCAGGAGAAUUCAUCUGACAAACUAAUGCUUAUUGAUUUUGAAUACAGCAGCUAUAACUACAGAGGCUUCGAUUUUGGGAAUCAUUUCUGUGAAUGGAUAUAUGACUACACGUAUGACCAGUGGCCCUUCUACAAGGCAAAGGUGGAGAAUUACCCUAACAGACAACAGCAGUUACAUUUUAUCAGACACUAUCUGUCAGAAAGGGGAAGUGUUGCACCUGCAGACCAAGCCAGGAUAGAAGAGGUCAUGAUCAUUGAGGCAAACCGGUUUGCCCUUGCGUCUCAUUUCCUCUGGGGUUUGUGGUCCAUUAUUCAAGCCAAGAUCUCCAAAAUCGAGUUUGGAUACAUGGACUAUGCACAGCACAGGUUUGACACAUACUUCAAACAGAAGAAGCUCUUUGCCUAAAUCGUACUUGCAGCAUGUGCUUUAGGAUAUCAUUUUGCAUCACCUAUUGUUUAGGUAUAUAUUU